GUGUUACCCAGAAGACGUGGUUUGUCCUCCAUACCGCAGGGCGGCGCAGUGUGCGCGAGCGUAAUUCUGUUCGGGAUCAAAGGUUGUUUCACAAUCCUCGUGUUGUCAGUGCUGUGAGGCUAGUGCUAGGAAGGAUCAAAUAAACCAAUCAUGUCGUACACGUGCAUCAGCUGCCGUGUGCAGUUCUCUGAUGGGGAGGUCCAGCGGGCACAUUAUAGAACAGACUGGCACCGCUAUAAUCUGAAGAGAAAGGUUGCAGACAUGCCUCCGGUCACUGCAGAAAACUUCCAGGAGCGAGUGCUGGCACAGCGGGCAGCGUCUGAGCAGCAGAGUCAGAGCGCCGGACACGGCUCGGCCUAUUGCGCCACCUGCAACAAAAAAUUCUCCACUGAGAAUGCUUACAGCAAUCACAUCCAGUCCAGUAAGCACCUGCACGCUGAGAGGAAAGCCUUGGCUGCCGCCCAGGAGACUGUCCAACGAAUGAAUGAGAAGAAUUUGGAGAAAGGGGCGGGGCUAGAUAAAGACGCACAGAACGAAGCGCUUCAGAAAGCACUCAGGGAGCAGCAGAGACACACCCCCUCUAAAGCCACACCCACAGAGAAACGGGUCAGAGCGCGGCCGGACAAACCUCCUCGGCUGCAGUGGUUCGAGCAGCAGGCCAAGAAGAUCACAGCAGAGGAGGGUGAAGAAGAAGAAGAAGAGGAGGAGGAAUGGGAGGAUGUAGAUGAGGAUAUGGAUGGUGAUGAUGAUGAUGAUGAAGAGGAGGAGGAGGAGAUGGAGGAGGACUCCACAUCUGGGGCAGCUCCGGCCCCCGGGUCCAUCCCAGUGACAGACUGUCUGUUCUGCGGACAUCAUUCGCGCUCACUCGCCCGAAACAUGACGCACAUGACCAAAACACACAGCUUCUUCCUCCCUGAUAUUGAGUAUCUGGUGGACCUGAGAGGAUUUAUUUCAUACCUAGGAGAGAAGGUUGGUGUUGGUAAGGUGUGCUUAUGGUGUAAUGAAAAAGGGAAGUCAUUCUACACUACAGAAGCAGUUCAGGCACACAUGACCGACAAGAGUCACUGCAAACUAUUCACAGACGGAGACGCCGCUCUCGAGUUUGCUGACUUCUAUGACUUCAGGAGCAGUUAUCCUGAUGCUAAAGAUGGAGAUGAUGUGGAGAUGAAGGAUGGUGAACUGCCUGAUGAAAAGACUGUAGCGUUUGAUGAUGAGACGCUGGAGCUCACUUUGCCCUCAGGUGCAAAGAUUGGCCAUCGCUCCCUGAUGAGGUACUAUAAGCAGAGGUUUGGUGUUCAGAGGGCAUUGGUUCCAGCUCAUAACCAGAAGGCUGUUGGUCGAGUCCUUAAACAGUACAAAGCACUUGGAUGGGCAGGAGACUUUGGUAAAGGCUUUGUGAGCCAGCAGCAGAAGGACAUGCAGUACGUGCGGAGGAUGAAGUCCAAGUGGAUGCUGAAGAUGGGCAUGAGCAAUAACACCACCAAACAGACCCAUUUCAGAGCACAAGUCAUGUUCUAAACUAAUUAGUUGCAUCAGCAUCAGUAGAUAUUCAACUUUUCAGAAUUAUUAACAGUAGUCUGAAAUUAUAGUGUUUGUGUUGAUUCAGCUGAGAUGUGAACUACUGUUAAUGUCAUAAAUAAAGGUGGAACUUCAUAAAUGAAUGUAUAAGGCAACAUUGUGCUUUAGAUAUCCAGAUGAUGUGCUUUAACAACAUCAACAUGAGAUGCUACAUAAGGGUUUGAAAAUUGUUCAUAAUGACCUUGUAAAAGACGAAACAUAUUAUAAAUAAACCUGCUUCAGAUUUAUAAUACUGUAUAAAUUAUCAAUAAAAUAAGCAAUGCCUGA